CGGGCGCGCGCGCCUGAGAGCGUGUGGAGGAGCGACUGGCUGUUUGAGAGUAUGUAUCGGGGGAGGGGGCGGCCGCGGGGACGGCCGGCUCCGCCCCCUGUGCGCAUGCUCCAGUUUCCCGGCGCGAUAUAAAGCCGCCUAACCCGCCCCCGGCCGACCAAGUGCUGGCGAGCUGCGACGUGAGUAGCGGGCCGCGUGGGUGCUGGAGAGAGCGGACGAGCGGCAGGCAGAGGACGCCACCCGGGGCCCUGAGCGCCGCAGAACUGCAGCCGCGCCGCCGCGUCACGCACACGUUCGGCACCGGGGCCGCGCAUAACGAUAUCUGGAUUUGAACUGCACUUUGGAAUUCAUCUACACUUAAAAUGCCACCAGCAGUUGGAGGUCCAGUUGGAUACACACCCCCAGACGGAGGCUGGGGGUGGGCAGUGGUAGUUGGAGCUUUCAUUUCCAUCGGCUUCUCUUAUGCAUUUCCCAAGUCUAUUACUGUGUUCUUCAAAGAAAUUGAAGGUAUAUUCCAUGCCACCACCAGCGAAGUGUCAUGGAUAUCCUCCAUUAUGCUGGCUGUCAUGUAUGGUGGAGGUCCUAUCAGCAGUGUCCUGGUGAAUAAAUACGGCAGUCGUCCCGUCAUGAUUGUUGGUGGCUGCUUGUCAGGCUGUGGCUUGAUUGCAGCUUCUUUCUGUAACAGUGUAAAAGAACUUUACUUGUGUAUUGGAGUCAUUGGAGGUCUUGGGCUUGCCUUCAACUUGAAUCCAGCUCUGACCAUGAUUGGCAAGUAUUUCUACAAGAGGCGGCCAUUGGCAAAUGGUCUGGCCAUGGCAGGCAGCCCUGUGUUCCUCUCUACCUUGGCCCCCCUCAAUCAGGUUUUCUUCGAUAUGUUUGGCUGGAGAGGAAGCUUCCUAAUUCUUGGGGGCUUCCUACUCAACUGCUGUGUGGCUGGAUCCCUGAUGCGACCAAUAGGGCCCAAGCCAACCAGUGCAGAGAAAUAUAAGUCUAAAGAAACCCUUCAGGAAGCUGGAAAAUCUAGUGCGAAAGACGUGGCACUAGGUGACGCAAAUACAGAUCUCAUUGGAGGAAACCCCAAAGAGGAGAAACAGUCGUUCUUCCAAAGAAUUAAUAAAUUUCUGGACUUUUCUCUGUUCACUCACAGAGGCUUUUUGCUAUACCUCUCUGGAAACGUGAUCAUGUUUUUUGGACUAUUUACUCCUUUGGUCUUUCUUAGUAAUUAUGGCAAGAGUCAGCAUUACUCUAGUGAGAGGGCCGCCUUCCUUCUUUCCAUUCUGGCUUUUGUUGACAUGGUCGCCAGACCCUCGAUGGGACUCGUAGCCAACACAAAGUGGAUAAGACCUCGAGUUCAAUAUUUUUUUGCUGCUUCUGUUAUUGCAAAUGGAGUGUGUCAUCUGCUAGCACCUUUGUCCUCCAGCUAUAUUGAGUUCUGUAUUUAUGCGGGAUUCUUUGGGUUUGCAUUUGGGUGGCUCAGCUCAGUAUUGUUUGAAACACUGAUGGACCUCGUUGGACCCCUGAAGUUCUCUAGCGCUGUGGGAUUGGUGACCAUCGUGGAAUGCUGUCCUGUCCUCCUGGGGCCACCAGUUUUAGGUCGUCUCAAUGACAUAUAUGGAGACUACAAAUACACAUACUGGGCAUGUGGCGGAAUCCUCAUUGUCGCAGGCAUCUUUCUCUUCAUUGGUAUGGGCAUCAAUUAUCGACUUGUGGCUAAAGAACAAGAAGCAGAGAGGCAGCAGAAAAAGGAAAGUAAAGAGGAGGAGACCAAUGUAGAUGUUGAGAAGCCAAAAGAAGUUACCAACACAUCAGAAUCUCCAGAGCAGAAAAGCACAGAAGGCAGCCCCAAAGAGGAGGAGAGUCCGGUUUGAGCCCACAGCUAAUGGAGCCACUUGUGACCCAAGGUAUCUGAAAACAUUCUGCUGGCCUGUCAUCUCUUAGUGGUGCUCAAAUGCAAACAGUGGACAUUUGUGUGGAAAUUCUACCAAGUGUUCCUUGAUGGAAUUUUUGUUUCACUCCUUACCUGUAGCCCAAAUUAAAAACGCCAUAUCCUUUGGGGAGGGAGUGCUUGGCAAAGAAUGAGAGAAGGAAGUCGGGAAUUUUUGUUUGCUUUUUUGAAUCUUAGCUUUUAACAGCGUCAUGAAGAUUAUAAUAUGUGCCUUAAGUUUUAGUUUUUAGAAUCUUUAGGGAGCCUUAACUUUUAAAACCAGUCUGCUGAAUUCAUCUAUUUUGUGUUCCAUUACAAGGAGAAAUAACUGACGUGUUUGAAGCAAGUGUAAAAUUUAAAAUUAAUCUUGUUUCACUGUUAUUUGUGUUGUCAGACAUGAUCACUGAAAGAUUUAUGAGUAGAAGGUUGAAAGUUGGGGAUUUUAUAAAAUCCUAAAAUAUUUUUCUGGUAUCAAUAGUUGCCUGGCAUAUGUGCCUGCUUGCUAUAUAUUUAGGAAACUUAAGGCAUAAAAUAUUGGAAACAUCUUGGCUGUUCCAGACAUACUGUACUCAACAACACCCCUCUAGUAUCUUAAGAUGCUUAUUAGAAGCCAAGUUCUUGUGAGUUAAUUUCAUUAAAUGAUUUUUUUUUUUUGCACCCCUUUUCAAAGACAUAUUUUGGGUGGUCAUUGACCCUUUUGAGAUCACUUAUUUUUUUUCACUGUAAAAGUUAGUAUUAAAAUAUACAAAACUGCAUAUUUGUGCCUCCUUAGGUAAAGACAAUACAUCCAAUUAAGUGUAGACAGAUAUUUCAAACAGCAGCUGAAUUCAGCUUAGGUUUUUCUAAAACCUCAGUUAAACUGUGAGACUCAGAAUCUUUUUUGUUGUUUUUCCUGGAAUUUUUCCCCUUUGAUUCAUAGUGGUUUCAUUUAUAUCUGUGUCUAGCUUAGAGCUGUGUGUGAGAUAGUCAUUCUUUGUGUGUUUAGGGUUUUUUUUUUGUUUUUUUUGUUUCUUUGUUUUUUGGGGGUUUUUUUGGUUUGCUAAUUAGAGCCAGAGAGAUCUGAGAUCUGGCCCCCAGCAAACCUAGUAGAAGAUUGGGAAGGAAAUUGCUCAAUACUUUUAGUUCAAUAAAUAACUCCUUUUCUUUUUUUCUGAGAAGAUCUUAAAGAUAAUUAUGUUUUGCUUAGAAUUAUUGGACACAUUCUUACUCUAAAAAAUCUAUAAAUUUCAUGACCCUUUCACUUACCUGGAAAGUAGAGAAAUGGGUUUAGAAUAAGAUAGGAGGGAAGACGGACCAGAAUGAAAACAAAAUAUUUUUUAACCUAAUAUCUUUUAAAUUGUGGCAGAACAAUGAUAGACAUUCAAUGACUUAUAUAUUACAUUCAAUGCAUUUCAAAAUAUUGUAAUUGACAGUGAAAGUAUAGAUAAAAACCUUGUAUAAGACGCUGGCUUUUCCAAAUAAACUUUUUUUUUUUUUUUUUUAAUGUUUCUUCCUCCAAAUGUUUGGGUUUUUUGUUUGUUUGGUUUUUUUUUUUUUUUUUUUUUGAGGAAAAUAUGACUGUCUCCAUUUUCAUUAUUAAGAUUCAACUUGACCGUUGCUAAUAUUAAAUCAAAUCAUUUAGCUUAUGUGCUUUGGGCUUUGUGUAUAUGACUUAUUUUGAUUUUUCACCUUUCCUCUACUUUAAGGCAAGCAAGAGGGAGAAAUUUUGAAAUAGGUUCUCUGAAAGCAUCCAGAGCAGUUAACCUUAAGGCCACAAUGAAAACUCCCUUUCUGAGCCUAAUGUCGUGGCAGAUGGAGGAGGCAUUUACAGGAGAAGCCUGCUGUGUCUGUUGGCAGGUUGGCAGGCUUGGCUCCAGUUUGGACUCUGCCCUUUUCCCUGGACAUGAGUCCAUAGCCUCUGUGUGCCUCUUUUCCUUUCUAUUAAAACAAGGAUCACUGUUAGUAAGGGAAUGUGGGGCGGGGGUGCGGGGGGAGAUCUAAGUACAGGAAAUGUGGAGGGGUGGGGGAAGAAUUAAAUAAGGCAGGUGUAUAGGAUUAUUUUCCCCAACCCCAAAUGUUGAGCUACAGCCAAACAUAAUCUCUUGCCUUGGUCUUUGUUCAUUAACUGAGUCUUGCUAGUAAAGUGAGGGGUUUUUGGUGCAAGUUAACCACCACUUAUGAGAAGGAAGGGCUCUGAAGAGGCUGUAUGCAGAAGCAAGGGUUAAAAACUGGUUUAAAGCUGAAACUAAACCUCUUAUCACCCAGUCCGACCCUGACUUUUUCCCACUGAAGAUACAGGCUUAAGAGAUUUAUUCAAGAUCAAUUUCAGUAACAGAGCCAGCACUAAAACCCCGUAUGGGCCUACUCUGUGCUACCUAUUCCUUGUUAACAGUCAGCUCAUCUUCUCCGUGAGUUGCCAUGUUGUCUUCAACAAUCGAAGUAGCUAGGCUUUCUGAUCCAGUGUGUUAUCCUUUACUUCAUGUGAGCACUUUUAUUUGAGUUCAGUUUCGAUGGCUGCUUUGGGAAAAGAGACAUAUGUACAGAGCACCUGCUUAUCUUUGCUUUUCUCUGUCCCACACCCUAAGUCACAGAACGUAUGCAGCUCUUUGAUAGCUGCAGUGCCCAAAAAGGCUGGGGACAGUUCAAGAGCACAUGCUGAAACAGACAAGUCAAAGCUGGAAAGUUAUUUAAGAAACAUGGGCUGGGCAUUGCAGAUGAUCAUGGUACUGAACAAGACUGUAUUAUCACGUUAUACUCAAGUCUUUUGAGGACUUAAAUUAUCUUAAGUAGCCAAGAUAAUUUCUACAGGAAAAGAUGAUAGUAAAAUAAAUUUGGGGAAAUUCAGAGAGGCAUUUUUAUCUCUGAUUUAAUCACAUUGAUGAAUAAUUUGGAUUCUUGAGUUGUCUGAACUUAGUAUUUUACUUUUGCACCAUAGAUAUUAUGUCAAUAUUAAUCCUAUUUUUUAAAAAAGAAAAAAUAAUUGUUAAAAGCCGUUUAAUAUUUUUAUGUGAGCCAAUGUUUUAUUGUAUUGAAUUCUAGAUUGAUAAACUGGGUAUUGGUUUGUCUGAAAAA